UGUUUUCAGAACUAGUGUGAAUGGAAUGUGUUCCACUUUGCUUGUGACAUCGGUGGAACACACGCACCCUGGUAAAUGCCCUGUACCAGAGAGACUGCUUUAUAAAAGGGCAGAGUAUUGCCUGAAACAUUGCUAAAUGGUUUAGAAUAAAUGUAAGGUGGGAGUUCUUUUGAAAGUGAAGUGUGCUACUCAAACUUCCAAUGAGAGUUUGAAAGUAUAGGAUGAUGCUGGCAUUGUGCCAUAAUAUAAUGACAUUCCUGAACAUGGUCCUGCUGUUCCGCUAUGACUCAAUACUUGUUCUCCCCCUUGUGGUAAGCCAGAUAAAGGAGGAUUUCUACUGGCUUUGAGAACGCUGAAGUCUUCACUUGUCAUCCGUGUUUUAUUAAUUGAAAAAUAUCUCUCUGAACAGCUUCUACUGAUUUGAAUUCUCUAUCUAGAAGGGAGCAAAAGCAACAUGGGGAAUCUCUUCAACUGAUAUGAUGCCCCCACUUUGAAACGUCCUCUGUUUGAAUUGAAAUAUGGGUCCUAGCAACGUAACCAUGUGGAUUAACAUCGGAUCCCCUACAGUUACAAAUUAUUAGACUGACAGACCGCUGGCGUCCGUCUUUCCUCCCUUCCCGUUUCCCCGUGUUUGAUUACACAUGAGCCCCGGGUCUUGAACAGGAAGCUGUCAGACUAUUAUCCACCAGUGUAGCGUUAGCGUAGCAUGCCUGCUUCCCAUCCAUAAGUGCUCACUGGUGAAUAAGCCUGCAGGCUAAUGCCAGGGUGUGAUCUAUAGAGGCCAUCAAGUGACACCCGGAGAGGCACUGCAGUCUGUCUCUCUUUAGGAUGAUUGGCUGUAAUUACACCCUCUACACUGGCCUGAUUCCUCAAUUAUUUCUCUGCCGAUCGUUUCUCGUGGCAGUGAUUUGAUUGCCUCCCACGAGAAGAGACAAGAAGGCUGUGUCUGAAAUACUGGAGCAGUAGGACUCUUGACUGUAGAGACUGGAGAGAGACUAGCGUAUUAGAACGCUAUCGCUUGCAGGUCCCCAGAUGGGACGUGACUGUGUACGCAACACUUGAGCUCGAUGUGACACGUGUCAGUACACUGUGUACGAAGCGGCUAAUGGUCACCACAAACAGUAGGCUAAUGGUGAAUCACAAGGGCUUUGUGAGAUUACAUUAUGAAUAUAUUUGGUUAGCUUUGGACGCCUCAAGUGCUUAUAGUUAAAGCAUUUCUAUGGUUUCCUGAAAGGCUCCAAGGCAGAGGUUCUCAUUUCCUGAAAGGCUCCAAGGCAGAGGUUCUAAUUUCCUGAAAGGCUCCAAGGCAGAGGUUCUCAUUUCCUGAAAGGCUCCAAGGCAGAGGUUCUCAUUUCCUGAAAGGCUCCAAGGCAGAGGUUCUCAUUUCCUGAAAGGCUCCAAGGCAGAGGUUCUCAUUUUGCUCUAAAUGUCUCACGGUCAUAGAAUGAUUCAUGGUCAUUCAAAUAUGGUUCAAGAUUAGCUGGGAUUCAUGGUUACCCAUACACUCUCAGAAAGAAUGGUUCCAGAAGGGUUAUUCGGCUGUCCCCAUAUCAGAACCCUUUUUGGGUCCAAAUAGAAUCCUUUUUGGUUAGAGGUAGAACUUUUGGUUGAUCUAUGUAGAACACUCUGCGUAAACAGUUUUACAUGGUACUCAAAAGGGUUCUACCUGGAACCAAAACAAUAAUUUUAGGUUCUAGAUUUCACCUUUUUUUCUACUUAUAGGGACCUUACACUGGUUCAUGGGUAAUCUGGCAUAUAGGGUCAGUAGUUUCAUGGUCACAUUGACAAUUUAUAAUACUUAUUAUGCCUAGUGCUGCAUUGGACCCUCUCAUAAGGACUAUCAUGCUACAGUAGCAAUAUUGUACUGUGGUCACCUAACAAAGGCAUUGUGAAACUGAGGUUUCCUUUCUUCGCAACAGCAAGAUCGAAGCUACAAUGAAACAAGGCAAAAGAGCACCAACAAAGACAAUUGUAAGACAAGGUCAUACAGUCUCACAGACCUGUGAACAUAUGUGUUGGCAGAGUGACCCACUGUUUAUUAGCCAGUGGCAAUGUUUGUCAGAGCAAAUUCCAGCCAACCUGAAGUCAUUCGACACUUUCCUUUGCCCUCCCUCAAGUUGCGUGCCAACAUAAGAAGGCUUUAGGAGAAAAUAUCUGCAGUAUGCUCACAGCUCCUCCAGGGAAGAGACCGUACCGUCUGGAUGUCUUAGCUACUGGAGUUCGGCCGAUGGAAAGUCAACAGCCUGGCGGUGGAGAGGCGGGACGGCAGCGGCCUGGCACCGCCCCUCGACCCUGACUUCAUGCGCACAGUCAGGCAGUUGGGGCGGCGGCCCACCCUCCACAGGAUCACUGAGACCAUUAUCAAGAAGUACGGAACUCACCUCCUGCUGUCCGCCACUCUUGGAGGGGAGGAGUCCUUGACGAUAUUUGUGGAUAAGCGGAAGCUGAGCCGAGGCCCAGAACCAGGGGCUAGAGCUGAGGGCAGCAGCCACAACAAUACGGGGGUGGUGACCCUGGAGGCCCUUCACCAGCUGGCUGCCUCCUACUUCACCGACAGGGAGAACACCCUGCGCCGGCUCCACCACCUCCAGAUCGCCUCCACCGCCAUCAGGGUGACUGAAACCAGGACAGGCCCCCUUGGAUGCAGUAACUAUGACAACCUUGACUCUGUCAGCUCAGUACUGGUCCACAGUCCAGAAAACAAGAUCCAAUUACAAGGACUCCAGGUUAUUCUGCCAGCCUACCUGCGGAGCCGCUUCGUCCAGGCAGCCCUCAGCUACAUCGGCUGCAACUCGGAGGGCCAGUUUGUGUGCAGGGCCAGUGACUGCUGGUGCCAGUGCAGCCCGGACUUCCCACAGUGCAACUGUCCACAGACGGACCUCCAGGCCCUGGAGAACAACCUGCUCCGCCUCAGAGAGGCCUGGACACUGGCCAACGAGGAGUUUGAGGAAUCAGAGGAGUUCCAAAGCUUCGUCGGAAGGCUGCCAACCCAUUACGCAGUGAACAAAUCUGUCGUGGAGCACUUGUGGAGGACGGAUGGGGGUAUGCUCCAGCGCUACAGGCAGCUGGAGACCACGCGAGGCCUGCUUCUCGACAAAGCGCGUCACACCGCUAACAAGCUCUUCAGCCUCAUUAAGAGAUGUCGCCAUCAGCCCAGAAUUGUGCUGCACAGGGAGAGACCCCUCCGCUACUGGCUGAGCUACAUCCUGUCCCUCCUGUACUGCAGUGAGAACGACCACAUCGGCGUGUACUCUGAGCAGACCAGGAGCUGUUCCUGCCCCUACCACCACUCUUCCUGCCAGGGCCCUGUCCCCUGCGCUGUGGGAGAAGGCCCCCGCUGUGCAUCUUGUUCCCCCGAGAACCGCACCCGCUGCUCCAGCUGCAACCCGGGCUUCUUUCUAGGCCAGGGGCUCUGCCGCCCCGCCGUACCUGACCCCACGGAUCCCUACCUGGGUUUGGAGAGCGACCGCGACCUUCAGGACUUGGAGCUGCGCUACCUACUCCAGCGCCUCGACUCGCGCAUUGCCCUGCACGCCAUCUUCGUCAGCAGCGAUGUGCGCCUCAACGCCUGGUUCGACCCGUCGUGGCGGAAGAGGAUGCUGCUAACGCUGAAGAGCAACCGCUACAAGUCCAACCGCGUGCACAUGCUCCUGGGGGUGACGCUCCAGGUGUGCCUGACCAAGAACAGCACGCUGGAGCCUGCGCUGUCCGUGUUCGUCAACCCGUUCGGGGGCAGCCACUCAGAGAGCUGGACCAUGCCGAUCGGCCAGCACGGCUACCCCAACUGGAAGAGGACCAAGCUGGAUAUCCCCCUGGACUGCUACAACUGGACCUUGACACUGGGCAACAGGUGGAAGAGCUUUUUUGAGACCGUCCAUUUCUACCUGAGGAGCCGCAUUAGGGAUUCGGGGCCAGGCUCGGAGGUUGGGGGACACAGAAACGCUAGUAGAGCGUACUUUGAACCACCAGAGGGCGCCGUGGAACCUGUGGAGGCGUAUUCAUCCCAGAACAUGGGCUACAUGAAGAUCAACAGCAUGCAGCUGUUUGGAUACAGCAUGCACUUUGACCCGGAUGCAAUCCAGGACCUAAUCCUGCAGCUGGACUACCCGUACACCCAGGGAUCCCAGGACUCAGCCCUGCUGCAGCUGGUAGAGGUCCGCUAUAGGGUCAACCGCCUCUCCCCUCCAGGGGCUCAGCCUAUGGACCUGUUCUCAUGUCUGCUCCGUCAAAGACUGAAACUGUCCAGUUCAGAAGUGACCAGAAUACUGGCUUCUCUACAGGCUUUCAGUGCCAGACAACCAAACUCUGUGGAGUACGAGGCAACCAAGCUAUGUAGUUAAUAAUGGGCAGGUGGGCGGGGCCAAUGUGAUGUUUUUUGUAUUAACCCAAUCAGAUACAAUGUCAGCCCCAUAGCCUAUAUCUUUUGUCCGCGGGUCUGUUUGUGUUGGUGUUUGCCAUUCAUGGCUUUAAUUGUAUAUAAGUGUCAUUAAAUUUGAUGUUUUUAUCAAUACCGGUCAAAAGUUUGGACAAACCUACUCCCUCAAGGGUUUUUCUUUAUUUUUUUACUAUUUUCUACAUUGUAGAAUAAUAGUGAAGACACCAAAACUAUGAAAUAGCACAUAUGGAAUCAUGUAGUAAGCAAAAAAGUAUUAAACAAAUCAAAAUAUAUUAUAUAUUUGAGAUUCUUCAAAUAGCCACCCUUUGCCUUGAUGACAGCUUUGCACACUCUUGGCAUUCUCUCAACCAGCUUCACCUGGAAUGCUUUUCCAACUGUCUUGAAGGAGUUCCCACAUAUGCUGAGUACUUGUUGGCAGCUUUUCCUUCACUCUGCGGUCCAACUCAUCCCAAACCAUCUCAAUUUGGUUGAGGUCGGGGGAUUGUGGAGGCCAGGUCAUCUGAUGCAGCACUCCAUCACCCUCCUUCUUGGUAAAAAAUCCCUUACACAGCCUGGAGGUGUGUUGGGUCAUUGUCCUGUUGAAAAACAAAUGAUAGCCCCACUAAGUCAAACCUAAUGGGAUGGUGUAUCGCUGCAUAAAGACACAGCGGUUGGAACCAAAAAUCUCCAAUUUGGACUCCAGACCAAAGGACAAAUUUCCACUGGUCUAAUAUCCAUUGCUCGUGUUUCUUGGCUAAAGUAUGUCUCUUCUUCUUAUUGGUGUCCUUUAGUAGUGGUUUCUUUGCAGCAAUUUGACCAUGAAGGCCUGAUUCACACAGUCUGCUCUGAACAGUUGAUGUUGAGAUGUAUCUGUUACUAAUUUGGAUUUGUUUAACACUUUUUUGGUUACUACAUGAUUCCAUAUGCAUUUUUUCAUAGUUUUGAUGUCUUCACUAUUAUUCUACAAUGUAGAAUAAAGGAAAACCCUUGAAUGAGUAGGUGUUCUAAAACUUUUGACCGGUAGUGUAUAUUGGAAAGAUUUGGAAAAAUGCAUCCCUUUUCCCCUUUUACAGAAAAUACUGCAAUUUAUUAUUGGAUAGAUAGGAUUUGAUCUGCUUUAUACAAGUAUCAAAUCAGCAUCUAUUCCAAAUGUAUAUGACCACUGUGUUAUUUCAGCGGAUUAUUGGAUUGAUACAAACACACACACCUACUGAAACCUAUGUAAGUCAUUUGCUAAUGUAAGGAGAACGAGGUGCUGCAAAUGUGCUGUGUUAGUACUGCCCAUCUGGAGCUGCAGAGCACAGUGUCUCAUAGUGUCUCCAUUCUGUAACAGCCUUGGCACAGAUUACCAAGGGUAUAGGGAGGACAGUAGCCUCCGCCCCUCUGUCUCUGGCUGCCAUUCACACUCACUGUGAUGGAUGAGAGAGGGAGGUAGAGAGACAUGCACAGCAUCAAACACAGGCUAGGUAUCAAUGGCCUUUAUCAGAGAUAAUUAGCUCACAGAGCAAAUAGGGAGUUGAUUGAAGGCUCAAUGACCACGGGUGAAAUUAGACCCAAACUCCCAAAAGGACUGUUGUCUCUAGACUACAGUGUGAGCUGUUUGAGUAUGACUUACAUCUUAGAUAGCACUUGCAGAAGUGGCUUGUCGUCGCUUAAUCUAGAUUCGUAAGACGUUCCCCCCUGGGGUUAAGGAGUGAUGGGUGGUUAUCCAUUAUGUCUCUUCCCUCUGUUUUAAUGCUAACCUUAAGAGAAAGAGAAAGUGGGUAGAAACAAGCAAUUAACUUGAAAACAAAACAAAAGAUAGCACUCCUUGUUCUCAAAUUUGGUUAUGGGCUAAAUUAUGUUCCUGUUUAUUAAUUAAAUGCAGUCAUUUAGAUUGGAAGUAAAUUGGAUUUCCAAAUUCGAUAGACUGAAUCCUUUUCAGUGAGGUAAGGUUUAGAUUUCAAAUAUUAUUAUUUUUUAAAGGUCCUAGAAUCAUUUGCAUAUCUAAAUGGAAUGUAAAGUAAUUAAAAUCAUGGCUGAGUAAACAAACAGCGAUGUCACUCAUGUGCAGCAUUCAUCGACAUCUGAAGUAAACUCCUUAGUGUGACAAGGCCCAAAUGUGCUCAAACAAACCCUUUAAAAUGUCCUUGAUUGUGGGGUUGCAAAGUCCCUGAUUACUAAUCUUUACACUGUUUUGUGUUUCAAUAAGUUACUUACCAAG